AUUCCUUGUGCAGCAAGUCUUUUCUGUUUACUGUGCUUCUAAAUUUGAUUAUCCUCUUUUACAGCGGAGGUGUAUGACAUGAAAAACCUGGAAAUACCGAUGCUUCCAGUUUUAGGUGACCUUGUCGAGUCUGGAAUUCGGGUUUUAAUUUACAGUGGAGAUCAAGAUUCUGUUAUUCCACUAACGAGUACACGGACACUGGUGAACGGAUUGGCAAAGGACUUGGGGCUACAAACGAAUGUGCCUUACAGAGUCUGGUUUGAAGAAAAACAUGUUGCUGGAUGGACACAAGUAUACAGUGACGCUUUAUCUUACGCUACCAUAAGAGGAGCAGGCCAUGAAGCUCCAAUUUCACAGCCAGAGAGAUCAUUACAUCUAUUUACUUCAUUUCUGACAGGAAUGCCAUUGCCAAAAGCCUUAAGUACUAACUGACACAAAUUGCAGAAAUCAAGAAGAAACAAAUCUAUUCAU